AUGGAUGAUGAUGAAAAGAAGGACAUGUGUCCGAUCUGUAAGACAGAUAGGUAUCUAUCUCCGGAUAUGAAGUUUUUGGUGAACCCUGAAUGUUACCAUAAAAUAUGCGAGUCGUGUGUUGAUCGUAUCUUCAGUUUGGGUCCUGCUCAAUGCCCCUACAAAGGCUGUGAUAAGAUUUUGAGAAAGAAUAAGUUUAAGACACAGGUUUUCGAUGAUGUAGGAGUUGAAAAGGAGGUAGAUAUACGGAAAAGAGUAUUCAAUGUAUUCAACAAGACCCUAGACGAUUUCGACGGUGACACUGAUGCUUACAAUAAAUACCUGGAGGACGUGGAGGACAUUGUUUACAACCUUGAUCACGGUAUUGAUGUUGCUAAAACGGAGGAGAAACUGCGUACUUACGAGGACAUUAAUAAACAACUGAUCAUGGCUAAUAUGGAGAGGAGUAAGCAAGAUUUAGAGAACUUUGAACAGAGACAGAAGUUCGAGAAGGAAAUGAAACUGAAAAAGAGAAUUCUGGAGAAGCAGAUUCAAGAAGAAGAUAUGGCUAAUAAGGAAUGGGCGAAGAGAGAAAUUGUCAAUCAACUAUCUACUUCGGGCGAUGCAGACGAAGUUAUUGCCAAUGUGAAGAAGACAGUCAAGCUAAAGAAGUCCUCGGCGAGACGGAAACUUGAAGAAUUGAAUAAAGUCUUGAAGAAUAAUCCUUUCAUGACGGUAUCAAACGGACUAAUGAAGAAGAAAGAGACUGUGCCGUUCACACCUUUCAAUGGUGAUAGGGACAUACAUAAGCGCUACACACUGACGGAUUCAGGCUAUUUUGAUCCAUUUAUCAAAGAGCUGGAGGCCAAAAAAGAAUAUAUUGCCUCAGGAUUUAGGGCUGAUUACGUUUAUGAUAGAAUGCUAACCGAGGCAUUCAUGGGGUUGGGAUGUGUAAUUACUGAGGAAUUACAGACCCCUCAGCUGAAUAGCGUUAACUAA